AUACGCCUACUUGCGGGCCCGAAUCCCUCUUCAACCUUCAGUCGUGCUUUUUCUGUAGGGGCACCUUCAACUAGCUUCGCUGGGCACUGUCUUUCAGAAUAAAUAUAUUUUUCCCACAGACAUCAUGUCCUUUCUGGCUACCAGUAUCAGCAGGCUAGCGCCAAGACUCCUUCAGUCAAAGAAUGCCUCAUGUGUCAUUGUGGCAUCCAGACAUGCCAGCUCAUCAACAAAUUUAAAGGAUGUUCUAUCAGACCUCAUCCCAAAAGAGCAAAGUAGGAUCAAGAGCUUCAAACAGCAGUAUGGUAAAACCAACAUUGGAUCGAUCACUGUUGAUAUGGUCUAUGGUGGGAUGAGGGGCAUGAAGGGUCUGGUGUAUGAGACCUCAGUGCUGGAUCCUGAUGAGGGCAUCCGCUUCCGUGGCUACAGCAUUCCAGAGUGUCAGCAGCUGUUGCCCAAGGCUCCAGGAGGUCAGGAGCCAUUGCCUGAGGGCCUCUUUUGGCUGCUGGUCACAGGACAGGUCCCCACAGAGGAACAGGUGAGCUGGUUGUCCAAAGAAUGGGCUAAGCGGGCAGCACUCCCCUCCCACGUCGUCACCAUGCUAGAUAACUUCCCUACCAACCUUCACCCAAUGUCCCAGUUCAGCGCUGCUAUCACAGCUCUGAACAGUGAGAGCAGCUUUGCCCGGGCCUACUCCGAGGGCGUCAACAAGGCCAAGUACUGGGAGUUCAUCUAUGAGGACUCCAUGGACUUAAUUGCCAAGUUGCCAUGUGUUGCUGCCAAGAUCUACCGUAACCUGUACCGUGAGGGCAGCAGCAUUGGCGCUAUUGACUCCAACCAGGACUGGUCCGCUAACUUCGCCAACAUGCUGGGCUACAGCAACUCUGCUGAGUUCACUGAACUUAUGAGGCUCUACCUCACAAUCCACAGUGACCAUGAGGGAGGCAACGUCAGCGCCCACACAAGUCACCUGGUGGGCAGUGCUCUGUCCGACCCUUACCUCUCCUUCAGUGCUGCUCUGAACGGGCUGGCUGGACCUCUGCAUGGGCUGGCCAACCAGGAGGUACUGGUGUGGCUGACGGCCCUGCAGAAGGAGAUGGGAGGGGAGGUGUCUGAUGAGAAGAUGAGGGAUUACAUCUGGAACACACUCAAGUCUGGCAGGGUGGUGCCAGGCUACGGGCAUGCUGUCCUGAGGAAGACUGACCCCAGGUACCAAUGCCAGCAGGAGUUUGCCUUUAAGCACCUGCCCAAUGACCCCAUGUUCAAGCUGGUGCACCAGCUCUACAAGAUCGUGCCCCCAGUGCUGCUAGAGCAGGGUAAGGCCAAGAACCCCUGGCCCAACGUAGAUGCCCACAGUGGAGUGCUGCUGCAGUAUUAUGGGAUGACAGAGAUGAACUACUACACUGUGUUGUUCGGUGUGUCCCGAGCCCUGGGAGUGCUGGCCCAGCUGAUCUGGAGCCGAGCCCUGGGCUUCCCCCUGGAACGCCCCAAGUCCAUGAGCACGGACGGACUCAUGACCCUGGUGGGGGCCAACAAGUCAGGCUGAAGAGGGAGAGAAGGGAGGAAAUAACAAAUAAAAGCUGACCUCGCCCCCAUCCCCAUGAAAGAGAUUCAAAGAGACAGUACACAUUUUUAAUUUAUUAUUAUUAAUCAAAAAUCCCCAAAAAGGGCGUUUGAUAUUUACAUUGUUUGGUGUGAGACGGUUAGGUAUUCAUAGAUAUCCUAUAUUAUAUAUCCCCGCUAUGCCUCCACAUUUGGAAGAUAAAGAGAGAUGCGAAACACAUACUCAUACACUGAGUGUAAAAAAACAAGAACUCCUUCCUAAUAUUAAGUUGAACU